AUGUGGAAGCCGUCGGAGAGGCUGAUGGAGACCAUCAGACAUUAUGCCAGCUUCCCCGCCACUGGUGUCUCGCUUCGGCAGAUGGUCCAAUUUGGAGACAGACCUUCGACUGGGACUCUGUUUCGCGCAUCCCAAUUCCUCUCCGAGGAACUCCCAAUUCGACUUGCUCACCGUGUCCAGGACCUGGGGGAACUCCCUGAUGGACUCAGCGAAAUGCCCUCCAUCAAGAAGGUCCAGGACUGGUAUGCGCAAUCGUUCGAGGAAAUCAUCAACCUGCCUCGGCCAACUCUUACCCAGGAAGUGAAAUCCCGGCUGCUACGGCCAGGAAGAAUUAACGGCGGUGCUUCGAAGAUCCUCUCGGAAACCACCCAGAACCCUAGUAUCAAGGAAGGGCAAUAUCGGUCCUCUCCCUCCUCGGCAUUGAAUCAUAAUGGAAAUGGAAAAGCUGCCGCCGCCGCGGCUCGAAGAUAUUUUGUACCCUCCGAUGACCAAGGCAAUUGGCCUCCGGAGUUGAAUGACUACAACGAGCGCUUCGCGAAGACUCUCCAGCAAAUUAAACGACGACACGACAGCGUUGUAACCACGGUGGCUCAGGGUAUCCUGGAAUGGAAGCGUAAACGCCAAAGACUACAGAUUGACUCGACCGUGCAGUCCUUCCUCGAUCGAUUUUAUAUGUCUCGGAUAGGUAUACGUAUGUUAAUUGGCCAACAUAUUGCUUUGACAGAACAAACGCACGUCCGCCAUCCAAACUACGUUGGUAUUAUCUGUACGAAGACAAAUGUUCGUGAAGUCGCCCUCGAAGCUAUUGAUACGCCCGAUGACCUGAACUUCAUGUACGUCCCAGGUCACUUGUCUCAUAUGCUUUUCGAAACCCUGAAGAACUCCCUGCGUGCAGUGGUAGAGACCCAUGGGGCAGACAAGGAAGCUUUCCCAGUCACCAAAGUCAUCAUUGCCGAAGGAAAAGAAGACAUCACUAUCAAGGUGUCCGACGAGGGUGGAGGAAUUCCCCGUUCUGCCAUCCCUUUGGUUUGGACGUACAUGUACACUACGGUUGAGCAAACACCCAAUUUGGAUCCCGAUUUUGACAAAAGCGACUUCAAAGCCCCUAUGGCCGGCUUCGGGUAUGGAUUACCUAUCAGUCGUUUGUACGCUCGGUACUUUGGUGGGGACUUGAAGUUAAUCAGCAUGGAAGGGUAA